AUGUCACUUUCAUUCUACCCACCGCCUCCAACAGCGUCAACAAGCAAAUCCACCGUCUCUGCGCACAUCAGCACCUCCUUCAACUCUCGCUCUAUCACUCUGCCCAACUUUUCCUCCUUGAAAACCAAAGAUCUCCGUUCGGCCCAUCGUUCCUCGGUCCGUGGUGUUGGGUGGUCCAUCGAUGGUCGCAAGCUCGCCACCUGCUCCUCUGACCGUACUAUCCGGAUCUGGGUCCCUGAACGAUCCAUCGACCACCGAGCAUCAACCGAACUCCGAGGUCACACAGACUCGGUCGAUCAACUAAUCUGGCAUCCCACCAACCCGGAACUUGUCGCUACAGCUUCCGGCGAUAAAAGCGUUAGAAUAUGGGAUACCCGCCUUAACUCGACGACCGAAGCUGCGAUGCUAGUUGCUACGCCGGGCGCGAACAUCAACGUAACCUAUCAUCCGACCGGAAACUACAUCGCUGUGGGGGACAAAUCUGAUACGGUAUCAAUCAUAGAUUGUCGACAGGGCAAGGCAAUUCAUACCGUGUGUUCGCGUAGAACUUGUGCUCCUCCUGCAGACGAGACUUUUGAUGAAGCGACGGUAAUGGGCAGUUACGACGAAAUCAACGAACUUUCCUAUUCCUCGGACGGGUCGUUGUUAUUGCUCUCUUCGGGCUCGGGAUGGAUUCACAUGCACCAUACUUGCUCCUCGCGCAACCCUUACCGUCGAAUUCACUCGCAUCCAGCCCAUACAAGCAACGUUUUCUGCAUCCAACACGAUCCACUCUCCCGCUUUGUCGCAACAGCAUCAAGCGACGCAAUGAUAUCCCUCUGGGACUCGAGAGAAUGGUUCUCACACAAAAUGGUGACCAGUCUCGCCUUCCCCGCGCGAGCAAUAGGCUUUAGUUUCGACGGUGAACUGCUCGCAAGCGGAGGAGAAGAUGCAUUCAUUUCGAUCAAUGCUACCGAUCCAAGUCUCGGUGUGCGGUCAGGAGGUGGAGAUCAAGUAUGCAAAAUCCCCUUGGGACAAGGAACAAUGAUCAACACUCUCAGCUGGCAUCCAAGCAAAUACCUCCUAGCUUUUGCAGGCGAUCAGGCCAAUACUAAAGAUGCCGCUCUCGUCAGGGUUUGCAGUUUGUAG